AUGUCUAACGAAAAUGAAACACUUUCAAAGGUGUUGCUCACAGUAGUCAAGUACAAUGCCAAUUUGUCGACAUUCAAGAAAGCGAUAUGCAAUGGGGAUUAUACAUCUUUACAACAGCCCAAGAUCUUUCUGAGAUUGCUUAUUUGGAAAACUAUUUUGAUAACCGGUACAUUAAAGAUAUCCGAAUGGCUGUCCAAACUACAUAAUUCAAGAGUCGUAUUUCACCAGCUCGUUCAACGUAAGGAUUUGAAAUUACCCUGGUCAGCGUUGGACAAGGAUAGCAUAUAUUAUCAACUGCCCAAUAUAAAAAGGACAUCAAGCUUGACUCGAAAAUCACUAUCAACGACAACUGCAACGACAACGACAACGACAAAGACAACUACAAAGACAACGACAAAGACAGCAGAAACAGAUAUAGGUGCAACGUCCAGAUCCACAUCAUUGCGGGGGAAAAAUGGGCUGAAACCACGAACAGAGCAUGUCAAAGCUAUGGAGGACCCACUAUCCGAUCUUGCAAACAAUCUUGGACAUAUAGAUAUUGAGGAGCAUGAAAAAGAUAUCGAAUUGUUACAGCAGAUCACAGUCGAUGUGGACCGAUUAUUUCCUGGUGAAGAUUUUUUCCAUGACUUGGAAAAUUCAAACACACUUCAUAGAAGACGACAAAUUGUGGAGAUCCUUUAUGUUUGGGCAAAGUGCAACCCUACAGUUGGAUACAAACAAGGUCUUCAUGAGAUUUUGGGACUCGUGUACUGGAAUUUAUAUAAAGAAUCGCUUAACCAGGAAGGGUACGCCACAAACACAUUAUCGGCAGAGGAAGCAAAUAUAUUGAAUCUAUACAACAUCAACUAUAUUUGCCAUGAUGCAUUUAUAAUAUUCAACAAAUUCAUUUUAUCAAGCGGGAUUGCCACUAGCUUUUAUGAGUCGGAAACACGUCUUGCAGACCUGAUUGAAAAAUUCAACGUCUACUUGAUGAAAGUCGACCAGUUUAUACACUAUACAUUGAGUACAAAGCUCCACUUGGAAUCUCAACUAUGGGUGAUUCGGUUCUUGAGACUUAUUUUGCUUCGUGAAUUGGGCGAUGAUUUGGAAACUACUAUGUUGUUGUGGGAUAAGCUUAUCUCGUCAGAGCCAGCCAAUUGUACUGGACCCGAGCUAUCACAUAUGGUUGAGCUGAUUUACUUUAUCACAAUUCACCUUCUUAUACAACAAAAAGUGGACAUUGUAUCGUCUGACUUUAGUGAUUGCUUGUCUUUGUUGCUUCACUACCCCAUACCUAAAUUCCCCUCACCAACACAAAGAGAGGCAUUUGUAAAUAAUCUAUUUCAUGACUCAUUAAAACUAUUUUCCAAACGAAGGCACGACAUUAAAUUGUACGAGUACGGUGUACGACUCAAUAACAAAUACAACCCAGGUUUAAAGAUAUCAAUCACUUACAGAAGUAGUUCAGAGCUCAGCGAUAGUGCUCGAUCUAGUAUUGACUCGAUUAAUUCCUUCAACAAUUUUUCCGUUACCUCGAGACGCGAUUCCAAUACCGAAAGAGCUGAAAAGAUGAGAUUUGAAAAGAAGAGACUUGAAAUGAGGUUGAAGAAGAAGGCCCAGCUGAUGAUCAAACCCUAG